AUGAAUGCAGCUCACAAAUCCAAUAGAGAAGAAACACAUGUCAAAACUGGAGAAAAAACUCUCUCACAGACUGAAAGUAUUUCUUUAUUGAAAAGAAGAGACAAGAAAAGUUUCACCUGCACUCAGUGUGGAAAGAGUUUGACAUGCAAACAGAGUCUCACCGUUCACAUGAGGAUCCACACUGGAGAGAAACCGUUCACAUGUGAUCAGUGCGGGAAGAGAUUCACACGCACAGGACACUUUAAGAGACACGUGAACAUCCACACUGGAGAGAAACUGCACAUCUGUGAUCAGUGCGGAAAAACAUUUUUAAGAGCUUCACACCUGAAGGGUCACCUGAAAAUACAUUCAAAGGAGAAACCACAUUCAUGUUCUUUCUGUGGAAAUAGUUUUUCACAUCUGCAUACUUUAAAAGUUCAUCAGAAGAUACACACUGGUGUAAGAGAAUAUAUGUGCUUUGAGUGUGAGAAGACUUUUAUUACAGCUGAAGAUUUGAAACGUCACCAGAGGAUCCACACUGGAGAGAAACCUUACAAGUGUUCACUCUGUGAUAUGAGAUUCAGUCGGUCAGAACAUCUGAAAAAUCAUGAGAGGAUUCACACUGGAGAGAAACCUUACAAGUGUUCACACUGUGAUAUGAGAUUCAGUCGGUCAGAAACCCUGAAAAAACAUGAGAGGAUUCACACCUGGAGAGAAACCGUAUCACUGCUCUGCAUGUGGGAAGAGUUUUCACUCAAUUGUUUUCUCUACGAAGUCAUAAAAUAAACAAUCACAAUAAGUAGUUCAUCUUCAGGGGUGUAUUCCAGAAAGGAGGUUCAACAAACUCAGAGUUGUCUUACCCUGAGAUGGGAACUCUUGAGUGUUUGGUUUCAGAACAGCUAAAUUGGUU